AAAAUUCGAAAUAUUGGAAUGAAUCAAAUGAAUAUAUGAAGACUGAAGAUAAAUUGCUGGAACUUUCCGUACCGUAACAAAAUGUUCGGCCAAUAUUAAAUGUUCUCACACACACAUCCAUUUUUUGUGAGCCGUCUAAACUACUAUUCCGACAUGGAUGGCGAGCCAGAUCCUUCUGUGGUUUUGGAGAUGCUUGCAAGGCUGGGUCAAACUAUCAUGCGAACGCACGAUCUUGAAAAUACCAAACGCGGACUAGAUCUGGGCUUGAGCCGUGGCUAUUCUGGUUCGCAGGCCGCCAAGCACUUGAUGGGCUUGGCAGCCGCCAACUACGCCGGAGGUCCCGGCCGCAAGAAGAGGGAGCCCAUGAUGACCGAGUAAACCCUUCUUAGUGCUAGCUGCUAACGACAGCGCACCCGUCUUUGUAUUGUUGGUUUCACAUCAAUAUCAUCGUUGCAUUUAUUAGUUUCUGUUAGCUCCAGGAUUAGAGUUUAAAAUGUAUAAACAAAUUGUGGAUUUGUCAGUGUUAUAUUUUAAAUAAAACCUAGCAUUCAGCCUUCUUUGAAUUGAAAAAUUCAUAAAGGCGCAUGCGGUUUCUGAUACAUAUCCCUCCAACAAACUUAUAGUACAACUGUGUGAUAUUUAAACAGAACUUUAAAGAGCUUGAUUGUUGUCCUUGUGGAAUCAAGCGAUAUUUAUAUAAUAUUCUUUAUACCUAUCUAUAUGCACUCAAAAUACGUUGACAAUCCACAACAACUAAUUAAUUUAACUCUUCUUGUCUAUGCUACGCUUCCUUCUAUGGUAAAUUAAAAUAUUUAUUAUUAACGCAUAAAUUUCAGCAUGUGUGUA